AUGGACAUAGUCGAUCCUCCAACUGAAAUAGUUCAUCAAGAACAAACAAUUGAAUUAAAAACUGAUGAUUCAACAGAGAAUGAAUCAACAAAUCAUACUCCAAAUAUAGAUAAGACUGAAAUUAUUCCAUCUGAUGUUCCAUUAAAUCCUGACCAAAUAGAAAUAGCUCGUCUUUCAUCUAUAAUCAAUACUCAAACAAAUGAAAUAUCUGAGUUAAAUGCACGUGUUGUUGCAUGUCAACAACAUUAUGAAACAUUUCUAAGUCGUCAAAAAGAAGAAUAUUCACGUGAAAAACAAUCAACUGUUAUGCGUUAUGCUCAAGCUGAAAAGUCAAAAUUAGAUUCGGAUAAACGAUGUGAAAUUUUAGCAACAAAAAAUCAUGAUUUAUUAAAAGAAAAAGAAAAUUUACAAAUAAAAUUAUCAGAAUUUAAAUUAAUGAAUACGAAACUACAACAAGCCUAUGAAAAUAAAUUAAGUGAAUUAACAAUAACAAAAAAAGAAUUAGAAAAAAUCAAAGAAUUAAAUCAAUCAAUUGAUGCUACUUUAAAAUCAACAUUAAAUCAUUUAAAAGGAGAAUCAUCACAAUUAAAAGAACAACGAGAAUCAAAUGAACGACUAAAAAAAGAAUUAAAUGAACAACAUGAACUUAAUGAACAAUUAAAUAUACAAUGUAAACAACUUACAGAAGCUGCUCAAGCAAUACCAACUGAUGAUGAACGUGCACAAGCAUUUGAUGCAUUGCUUAAUGAACAUAAUGCUCUUAAAGUAAAAUUAACAAAUGUUCAAGAUGAAAAUAAAUUAUUUCGUGAAAAACUUAAAUCAUCUGAUGAAGAUCGUUUAGCAUUAGAAAAUGUUAUUGAAAAUUUUCGUCAAAAUACUUUACGUGAAAAAGAUACAAAAAAAAAAUUAUAUGAUGAUUUAUUAGCUGCACGUGAACAAGAUUCUGUUGAAAUAUCACGAUUAAAACAAAUUGAACAACUUUAUAAUCAAACAUUAGCUGAUAAUGCUGAUUUACGACAAUUACUUGAAAAAGAACAUCAAUUACUUGAAUUAACACAAAAAUUAACAGAAAAAAAUUCUAUUUUACAAAGUGAUUAUGAACAACUUCAAAUAUUAUAUAAACAGACAUUUUCAGAUUUUGAAAAUUUUAAAAAAACUAAUGAAGAACAAAAUAAUCAAAUCAUCAAAUUAGAAAAUAUUGAAAAAUCUUUAAAAGAUCAAUUAAAAGAAUUAGAUGAAAAAUAUCAAACAUUAAAUAAAUCAUACGAACAAAGUAUAAAACAAUAUGAUGAUAGUCUUAGAGAAAUUCAAACAUUGAAAAAAAAACAUCAAGCUAAUACAAAAGAUUUAAUUAAACAAUUACAACAAUUACAAAAACUGAAACCUACAAAUAAUAGUAAUGAACAAUCACCUGCUUUACUUACUUGUCAAACAAAAUCUAUUACAAAUAAAGAGAAUUCUAAUGAUAAUAUAUCAAGUCGUGGAUCACCAACAGGUUCAUAUAGUUCAUUGAACGAGAUUACUGCUAGUUCUGUGUCAACACCUGAUCAUGUUCCAUCUCAUCCAUCAAUUUAUCAUCAUCAUCAUCAUCAACAACAACAACAACAACAGCAACAACCACAACAACAACAAGUUUUACCUGAUGAAGAACAAGAAGUAGUUGUUAAUAUUGUUGAUAUUGAUCGUCAAAAAUUAAUUGAUAAAUUAUUAAAACAACAAAAAUUACUUGUACGACGUAAUGAAAAAAUCGAAUUUUUAAAUGAUCAUAUACAAUUAUUAACACAAGAUUUACAAAAUAAACGUAAAAUAAUUCAAACAUAUGCAAUGAAUGAAGAUAGUUUUAUGUAUACAUCAAAUGAAUCAGAUUUAAUUAAACAACAAUUAGCAAAUAAAACUCGAAAUUCAUCAUCAUUAAUGGCAACAUUAUAUAAUCGUGCAACAACAACUGUUAAUCAAACAACAAAUAAACUAUUUGAUCAAUCAUCACCAAUGACACUUGAAACAGCAUUAGAUAUAAUGGGAAAAUUACAAUCAGUUUUAGAAGAUACACUUCUAAAAAAUAUAACAUUAAAAGAAAAUGUUGAUACAUUAAAUAAAACAAUGCCAAUUGUGAAAUCAACUUCAACAGUAAGUGAAUCAACAACAAAUGAAGCACGUGAAGCACUUGAUUGUCUUCAUGAAUUAUCACAAUUACUUAAUACUGGUUUAGAUAAAAAAACAUUAACUGCAUGUGUUAGAUUACUUGAAGCUGGUGUUCAUCCUGAUGCACUUGCUCAAAUUAUUCAAGUUCUUAGAACAGAAACACGACCAACCAAACUUUAA